AUGGCUCCCAAGCGCAAGCAACCGGCGGCUUCGGCGCCACGAGCUCCCACGAAGCGACGCUCGAAGCUCGCCAAAGAGAAUGAGAUCAGCGCGGAGGAGGAAGCAGAGAUUCAAGAGGCAUUCGACCUCUUCGCCGAACAGGACAGUGAUCGCGACUCCAAAGAUCCCGUCAUCAAGACGGAGAACGUGCGACGCUGUCUGGUAGCGCUGAAUGCGCCCGCGAAAGAUCAGGCGGAAUGGCACGAAUUGCUCGAGACGAUAGACCCAGACGGCGUUGGCGUUGUCUCCUAUGAACACUUUGUCGCAGUCGCAGCAUUAAAGAUGCAUGCCCGAGACGACGACCCCGAUGCUAUCAACGAGGAAGUCGCCAAAGCGUAUAAUCUCUUCACCAAGGGCGAAGACCGUGCCAUCACGCUCGCAGAUCUGAAGAGAAUUGCAAAAGAUCUUCGAGAAGACGUCCCGGACAACGUGCUGAAAGACAUGAUUCGAGAAGCAACUGGGGGCGGGCUCGGUGGAGUCGGGUUCGACGAUUUUGAGAGCGUCAUGCGCCGCGCGGGAGUCUUUACGUGA